AUGUCACGACGCACGACACGUUCGACCGCCACUUUCGCCUCCGACGAGCCGCUUCUCUCCCUCGAUUCGUUUACACGGCCAACGAAGCGGUUGCGCGGACAGUCGAAGGAACAGUCGCACAGGGAGGGCUCGGCGUCGGCGGACUCGAAGCUGGAGGAAGAAGUGCUGGAAACGAAGGCGGCAUCGAAGCGACGGGCGAAGAAGCGGAGGAAGGGAGACUAUGCGGACUUGGGCGACGACCCCUUGACGGAUAGAAUCAAGGAAGGGCUGGACGUGCUCUUCUGCGGAGAGAACCCGGGCAUCAAGACCGCGGAACUGCAGCUGCACUAUGCGUCCCCGCACAAUCAUUUUUACAAGGGCCUGCACGCCGCUGGCUUGACACCAUCCGUCUUGGCGCCCAUCGCGAGUCGAACGCUACCGGAAGACUACAACAUUGGCAUCACGAACCUGAUUGCGAGGCCGACUAUUGAGGCGUCGGAACUCACGAAGGAGGAGCUCGACGCCGCUGUCCCAAAGCUCCUGGCCAAGGUCGCGCGUUACCGACCUAAACUCGUAGCGUUUGUCGGCAUGAAAGUCGCCGAUACCGUCCUUCGCUACUUUACCAACCUCCGCCAGUCCGGUUCUUCCUCAUCCGCUAGUCCCACGCCGACGGACACGAAGGGCAAAGCGAAGAAGCCGCCGCCCAUCAAGGCGCAGAUAGGCCUGCAGAACUACGCCCUCGCGCAUCCGACUUCGGACUCGACCGGCGAAACGACUGCGACCUAUUUCUACUGCUUGCCUUCGACGUCCGGGCGAGUCGCCGCUUACCCCUACCCCGUCAAAAUGCAACUCUACGCGACUUUCGGCUUAGAAGUCGCCAAGCUCCGUGCUUCGCCGCCUCGAGCUCUUGCGUUGCCUGCAGACGUCGUCUAUCACGAGGCGGAGAAGCUCGAGUUGCCGGCUUUGCCGAGGGCGGUCAAGGUUGAGUCGGAGACUGUCAAGGUAGAAGUUCGAGAAGAGGAGGAUGAGGUUAAGGGUGAGGUGCUGUUAGUGAAGACGGUCUCGGUUGUGCAGGAGGACACUGAAGCGGGCUCGGAAGGAGUGCAGGUUGAGGAAACGAUGCUGGUCAAGCUGGAGGCGAGCAGUUGA